AUGUUUUGGAAAAGGGGCACACAUGUCGCGGGCUACGUAAGGUGCCGGAAUUAUUCCAACCUCCCGAAACUUCCACGCGAGUCGCCCGUCUCUCGCGAAUCUCGACCAGGGCGCCGCCGUCGUCGAAUUCCUGGCCAGAAGCCAGGUCGAGCACCAACCGAUGGCAAAACUGAAGAAGAAGACCUUUCACACCGCGUUGAAUAUUUGGAAAACGUGAAGGCUCUCGGAAAGCCUGCUCAUGUGAUCAUAUUGAAGAACCAAGCGCGUCGUGCUCAGGAAGAGUCGCAAGAAAACAAUAAGGACAAAGUGACAUGGAAAACCCCAACGGAACUAUUGAAGGACCUACACAAGGAAAAGGUUGACUUUAGGCUCGAGGAGGUACAAGAAAACCUAGAUCGCCUUCGCUCGCUAUAUAAUCCUGGACAGAGCGUUCCACUGAAGAAUUGGAACGACCUUCAUAAAACGCUCCAUGACGGAUUCACCCAUGAGCAGAUAAGAAGGUAUUACAACGGCUUCGAACGAGAUAAUACACCUGGUGACCAAAAUGGAUGGAGGGCUGGAACUUCUCCAUACAUGGACCAACCACCGGUGCCCCAGGGCCGGAUUGCAUCCCGAAUUCCAGGGCUGAACGAUAUGGGCACAAAGAAAAACGUGGCACACAAAAUAAUGAGAGAAUGCUGGGGAUUAUCGAUAGACGGCGAGGAGGGCCAGCUUGAUGUUCACUUCGAUGAGCAUCCAUUGUCGGUUUUAUUGCUCCCAACCAUGUCUCUCAUGAAGAUGCUCGCAGAAUCCCAUAAAGUCAAAAUCGACGUAUCUCGACAUCUCGGUUUAAUCAGAAUAACAGGCAACAAGGAAUCAUGCUUGGAAACUAGUCGGCAGCUCAACGAAUGGGCGUCGGAUGUGCGAUCGAUGGAUAUCAGUCCUCCAGUUGCGCAUCUAAAAUCUACAGCAGAUGUGGAUUAUUGGGAACAUACGCUUCUGCCCUGGUUACAGAGCGAGUACAAUGUUUCAUUUGACGUGAAUUGGAAUGAGAACAAAAUGACCAUCCGUUACUUGCAAAGUGCCGAGUCUAAUGCGCAACGUGCACGACAAACCCUAUAUCUUGCAAUAACCCAUCCGUAUCAGAAGGAAGGGUUACUUACAAAUGUUGGAAACUCCCAGGGCGCCCAUUUGUAUCCUGUGAGCUGUCCAGACUUUAUGAAGCUUCCCGAACGGCAGAAAGAAUGGGUACGAUGGAUGAAAAGGGAAGAGGGCGAUGGGAGGAUUCUCGGAAAACCUCCAGCCUCUAUAUACGGAAAAGGGCCAACAAAACCAUUCCAUACGCUGCUAGAGAUGUUGUUUGACAAUGGAGAAUCCCAUAAACAAAGUGUGCUUGACCCACGGUUUACACGCGAGGUUAUUACGGCAACAGUGGGACAAUGUUUGUUCGAAGGCCAGCCUUCUUUAAAUAACGACCAAGUGUCUUUCCCCGACAUUGAAUCCUCGCAUAGGACGUUUAUUAACGAGGUUCCGAAUACCCUUCCAUUCUUAGAUUCUUUGGAUACCGCAGAAAACAACGAUAAUAUAAACACCUUCCGCAUCCGACUCGUGCCCUCCCAUAGGGGACUGGAACAUCCAGAUCUGCCGGAGUUGGAACUUGAAUUAGAGGCUGCCUUGCCGGAGGAUAGCGAAGAGGUAUCGGUCAGCCCAAAAAUUCGGAGAGCGAGCGCCAUCGUUAGUAGUCGGGACGUGGACAUGCUCCUCCCCGAGAGUCCCCUGGAUAUCCGAUUUAACAAGACGCUCUACUAUAAUCUCUUUGAACUCGAUGGUUCUGAGACUACUCCAAAUCCUGCCACGGAGGAUACCGCAUUUUAUACUAGUCUUCAUAAAUGUGCCGAAGCAUUUCAACUUAACCUACCUUCCUCCCGCAAUCAGCCUCCCAUGCCUCUAUUCUGCAACCUUACCAUCCCUAAAAAGUUUGCUGACCUGCUUGGUUCGCCGCCAACACCAAUCCAAAGUGCCCCAAAGAACACCAAGAAAGAUGCGGAAUAUAUCACUGGAGAAUACUACAUCUACCCGCCAGUACAGUCCCUUGCAGACGCCGGCGUCUCCCGAUAUAUCUAUAAGGACUUCGAUCUCACUUUUGGUAGCCAGAGCAUGGGCCCUUAUCUUCCUACAAAAACCACGGAUAUCAGCUUAACCCUUGGCCUACACGACGGUGAACGGCGUCCUCACGCUGCACAGCCCAACCAGAAGCUGAGCUCGUCAUCACAGGGUGAAUCGUCAGUUGGCUCCCUUCGAGCCGCAUUGCUACCGUUCUAUCUCCGGUCUUGUCAUUUGGCAUUUGGGUUCGCAGCACCACCGCAACUAUCAGCUGAAGGACUUGAUGAUGAGCCAUUCGGUGAGGAGCUAUUUGAUGAAAGGUCCGAAGGUGAUAUUUAG